AUGAUCCCACCCGAACCACCCAAACACACCUACGCAUCCACUCACCCACACCCUGAUCAUAUUGAUAUCCCACGUACAGAGGGACCACCGGCACCGGCGACGGAUGAUCUGUUGGAGUCACCGCCUUUGGUGUCCAGUGCGGAUAGGCCACCGCCUUCUAGGGGGAUUCUGAAGAAUCCCCUCAGAAGGGGUAGCGGGAUGGGGGAGGAGGGGAUGGUGGUGGAUAACCACCUACAAUGGGACGAAGCAAACAUCGCAUUGACCGAGAUACAGAAGGAUUCGUUAAUGAAAAUCACCGAACCCAAAACACCCUAUGUACGAUACGACGCUGAGAACGAUCGAGUGUUGGACAACGAUAUCCCAAACUUCGACCUCGAGCAUGAUCAAGCUCCUAAAUCACCUAAUACACCUCUGGAUCCAGGACGGGGAAGCUUCCCAAGCACCCCCAACUCCCUCGCCGAAAAUACCCUCUUCAACUCUCAAGCUCAACAACCUCAAGACGAAGUACCCAGACGACCUUCCGUUUCAAGCAGUUCCUCUCGAUCAGCUUCAUUCUCGUUACCUGCUCGCGACAGACCCGUUCGACCCGGCUCAUCUGGCUCAUCCAGAUCAUCUCACUCUUCUCAAUCAGGUGGAAAACCCAAUAUCCCCGGACCGGAGGCAUUGGGAGCGACAGCCGCUAAUACCGCUGCCAACUCCGGUGAGGUAUUUAGCGAUAGCGAAGAUGAGAUGGACGAAGAGCAGAAAGCGAAACAUAAGGAAUUCGCCGCAAAGAGAAAUAACCAUUAUUCAAAAGAGGCUGCCUUCGCUAUGAAAAAGGCUAGGGAGCUGUUACAGAAGGAAGAAGAUGAUGAACAAGAAGAGGAAGGAGGUGCUAAUGGUGUGGCUAAUGGGAGGAUGGACAUUGAUGGUUAG